AUGGAAGGAGAAAAAUGGAAGGAAUUGAAUAUGGAUUGCUUGGUGAAUGUGUUAGGUAGAGUGGGAAUAGAAUCACUGCUAAUUGAUGUUCCGUUUGUGUGCAAGUCAUGGUACAAAGCCACAAAGAGUCCUCUUUGCUGGAGACAACUUGAUUUUCUUGAAAUCUCACUUGAUGAUUGCACUUCUUUAUUUUUCUUGGCAAGAUUAAUCGAUGACUAUCAAGUAAAGGGAAAAUUCUCUUUCACAGCAAUCGUCAAGACUUUAGUUAAGCGUAGCGCUACAUCUGCUGUGUAUGUAUCGCUUCCCGACUCUGGCCUCUGUGAUGAAGAAGUACUGUUUUACAUUGCAAAUCAGUGUCCUAACUUAAUAGUAUUAGAGCUACCAGCUGAUAUAGAUCAUGAUGUUGUGUCCAAGGUCCCAAAACUCAUGAGCAAUUGGAAAUGUUUGGAGUUUUUAAGGUGUGGAACCGCCUUUAAAAUGGAAGAAAUUCUUGCCCAAAUUAGCAUUCACUGCAAAAACUUUGCUGGUUUCUCUGCUUUUCAUGCUGAUAUUAAGAAAGAUGAAGCCACAUCUAUUGUCACCUCAGUUCCAAACAUAAAGUAUUUGGGGUUAAGGUAUUCAAACAUUGAUCGAGAGAGUCUAUUGAUGAUUUUGAAGGGCUGCAAAAAACUUGUGUAUUUUGAUGUAAGGAACUGCAAAGGUUUCGACCUUGGAGAUGAUGAGAUUUUGAAGCUUGCUUCUCAUAUCAAAACAUUCAAGGAUGAGGGGUUGCAUUUGUCAACAUAA